AUGAGCCUCUCCAUCUUCUCUUUCUCGACAGCGGUAGUGAUCGGCGUAAUUAUUGCGCUUCUAACCCUUCUUUACCGAGCCGCGCUGCCCAAGCCGAUCCCCGGGAUUCCGUAUAACCAUGCGUCUGCCAGAAGCAUACUUGGCGACAUACCAAGUAUGAUGAAAUGGAAGGAAGAUACGCACGAGAUAUUUUCGUGGAUGACAGAGCAGUGUAAGAGACUGAAUGCACCAAUGGUGCAAGUCUUCGUCAGGCCGUUCUCGUUGCCUUGGGUCAUCGUCACCGAUGCCAGGGAGUGUGAAGACGUCUUGACGCGGCGCUCGAGGGAGUUCGACAGAGCCAGAUUUACUACUGAUGUUGUGCAGCCCAUUUUGAGGGAACACCACUUUUCGUUUCCGUCGGGUCCAAAGCAGAGAGCGCACCGCUCGUUGCUAUCGGACUUGAUGACUCCGACGUUUUUGAACGAGGUCGCCGCACCCCGACUUUACGAUGCAACAAUGGAACUACUGCAGCUCUGGCUGAGAAAAGCCGUGCUUGCUUGUGGCCACCCGUUUGCAGCGGAGCAAGACAUUGCCAAUGCCGCAUUGGAUACUAUCUGGGCUGCUUCUGUUGGCCGAAAAGCAUGUACUACAAGUUCUCAGAUAGAAUUGCUCACACAGCGCUCCACGGUUGGCCUUCCCUCGAAACAAGACCUCCCCGUUGUCUUUCCCCAGGCGCCCAUCCCAUACGACGUGGAGUGCAUCAGGACGGUGAUAAACAGCCUGGCAGUCGGUUUGGCCUCUCCGCUCCCAGGGCUCGGCUACUUUUUCUACCUCAAGCUUCCUAGUGUACAGAGAGCAUUCAGAAGGAAAGACUUGAUGCUCAGCGAUGCCCUCAAACACUCUCUAGGUCGACUUGGAAGUGAAGAGAAAUUUGUCGGCAAAGCACCUGUCAGGUCGGCCAUGGACUUUGUCCUCCGCAGGGAGUUUCUACAAGCAAGGAAAGAAGGUAGGCAGCCUCGACUCGACAAUACCGUGCUCAAGGACGAACUCUUCGGCUUUCUGCUGGCUGGGCACGAGACCACGUCUACGACGCUGAUGUGGGGUAUGAAGCUGUUGACCGAUCACCAAGAAGUCCAGAGCAAACUUUACGAGGCCCUGCGAGAUGCGAUACCCGGGGCGUUGGCGGAGGGGCGACAACCCACUUAUUCCGAAAUCACGGCGUCGAAGAUGCCGUAUCUAGACGCGGUGAUCGAAGAGAUACUGCGAUGUGGCGGGACAGCCGCUGCCCAAAGUCGGGAAUGCUUGGUUGAGGCAGAGCUGCUCGGUGCGCGGUUGCCCAAAGGCACGAAUGUUCUCUUCAUGACAAAUGGCCCGUCGUUCAUUACUCCCGCUAUGCCCAUUGACGAGAAGUUACGCAGCCAAACUUGUCAGGAGACGAAAAGCAAGACUCCCGAAUGGGACCCCGAACAUCUUUCUGAGUUCAAGCCAGAAAGAUGGUUGUCAACGAAUAGCGAGGGUGUGGUGGAUUUUAACAAUCAUGCUGGUCCCAAUACGCAGUUUGGUGGUGGAGCGAGGGGAUGCUUCGGCAGCUGGAGAUACUGCAAGAAAUUCGCAUACCUGGAAAUGCGCACUGUCAUGACAAUCAUCCUUUGGAACGUCAAACUCUUGCCGGUGCCUGCAGAACUUUCGACUUACCAUGCCGUCGACUUGGUCACCCAUGUGCCUCGGCAGUGCUACAUUCGACUGGCUCCCCGUAGGAGUGGUUGA